AUGACGGUGGAUGAAGAGGAAGCGAUCCCACUGGUGCUUGCCGGCCGACCCAGGAAGGCCUCGACCAGCUCGACAUCCUCCUCCCUAUCGAUCUUAUUGGAAGACGAGGAGCAAGAGGUGAUCGGCACAUCCUCGCAGACCGAGACGAUCCCCUUACGCCAUCGCUCGCGCUCCCCGCCGCCGAAUCCGAUCGUCGCUAAUGUGGUCAGCUUGGAGGACGACAGUAAGGCCACAACGCUCUCCUUUAGGGUCUUCUUGCUCGGUUCCUUCCUCGGCUGCACCGGCGCCGCCAUCGGCCAAAUCUUCUUCUUCAAAUCUAACGGCAUCGGAUUCAAUAUCUUCCUCAUCAUCCUCGUCAGUUAUCCCAUGGGCAAGGCGCUAGAACGGCUGCUUCCAAAUGCGACGAUCUCGCUCACCAGACGCUGGUCAUUCCGUCUAAACCCCGGUCCGUUUACGUUAAAGGAGCAUCUGCUGAUCGGCGUUCUGGCUUCAGGGGCCUCUGGAAGCUCGUAUGCGGGUGACAUUGUGGCCGUUCAAGACCUUUACUACCAUCGUGAUAUUGGACAUGUCGGAGGUUUGCUGCUGGUACUAAGUACACAGUUGAUCGGAUUCGGACUGGCCGGGAUGACCUAUAGCUUACUGGUCCGACCCACAAAUAUGGUCUGGCCCUCCUCCCUGGUGGUGAUGACGAUGUACAACACCUUGCACUCGAGGUCCAGCGGGAUGACUUCCUUCAGACCACCGGCCGAAGAUCGUCUAUUGAUGGCGAAGAAAUUCAGAUUCUUUUCGAUCGUCUUCGUCCUCAUCACAAUCUAUCAGUAUAGCAGUGCUCUGUCUGAUCAACAACCGAAGCACGUUCAUGCGAGUCCUGGGAUCGGCCUCCUACUCUUCUAUUCCAUUCCUACAGAAGAGUUCAUCCUGUCAAUUUACUUAUCGCUACUUUCGAUGAGCUAUUCAGACACCGGAGUCGGCAUGUUUUCGUUGAGUUUUGAUUGGGCUGUGAUCACCUCGAUCUCGCUGCAAACGCCGUUCUACUCAUCAUGCAACUAUUUUGCGGGCUUGGUAUUCUCGAUGUGGAUCUUAGUACCGAUCCUAUGGUACUACGAUUUUUGGAAUUACCAAAGCUUUGGCGACAACGCGGUUUCCUCGCGACUCUUUAACUCCAAGUAUGAGAAGUAUGAUGUUGGGGCGGUGGUGAAGCCAGACCUAACACUAGACAUAGAGAAAUAUAAUCAGAUGGGACCCAUCCAACUUACGCCUUAUUUUGCGUUGUACUAUGGGAUCGGAUUUGCAGUCUUGACUUCGGCGAUCACCACCGUCAUCCUCUUCCAUUCCGACGACAUUCGGAUGGCUAUGAAUGCUCGUACUAAAGCUUCCACCGAUGCUCAUGUGGAAAUGAUGGAGAAAAGUUAUGCUAAAGUGCCUGCGUCGUGGUACAUCAUGAUCGGCAGCAGUAUGACCAUAGCACCAAUCAAUGUCGUCGUCGCCUAUCCUCUCCAGAUACCAGUAUGGGGACAGGCUGUUGAUUUAGCAUUGGUAUUACUUCUCAACACUCUAUAA